UAAAGCAAAUCUAGAAGAAAAAUAUGAAAAAAUUAAUUACAAAAUUAAACUGUUAAAAAUACAAUAAAUUUAAAAUAAAAUAUUUAUAACUAAAGAAUUUAAAAAGGAUAUAUAAGUGUUGAAAAAAGUAUGUAACUGAGAAGAAAAAAAAGUUGCAUCAACAUUAGUUGAAAAAAAAGAACGGGUGGCGACGUCGUCGGUAAAUUGAAGAAAAAACUGGAAUUUUUUCGUUUUAGUAAAGAAAAAAGAAAUUAAAUUAGUGCUUUAAAUCUAAGACAAGGGAAUUACAGUGAAAAACAAAUAAUUGAUUAUAACAAAAACAACAACAAAAAUAUUAGUUGCAAUAACAACAAUAGCAUCAAAACAACAUAACAUUCGCUUCAAAAAUGUCAACCGAAGAGUUGAAAGUGGUUUUACGUCGCAGUAGCGAAUAUUCCGGUUUUGGUUUUUCUCUGUUGGGCACUACGGGUCCCCCACAUGUUAUCUAUGAUAUUGUGGAAAAUUCACCGGCUGCUGAUUGUGGUGUGGUGGAAGCUGGCGAUGUGAUUUUAAAAGUUAAUGGAACCGAUGUACAUCGAUACACAACGAAAGAGGUAUUAAAAUGUUUGCGUUUAUCGGAGGAUUUAGUAACAUUGGAACUGAAAAGAGAUCCAAAAUUAAAAGCACGCAUUAAAGAACAAUUAGCAAAUACAAAAAGCCCCCAUUAUAUAGAUAUAGAAACAACAAAUAAUUACGAUUAUCAUCAUUCAAGAACAUCAUCACCUCAUCACCAACAACAUCACGAAGCUGCCAAUAAAUUACAUUACGAUACGACGCACAAUUAUACGACGAUACAACAGCAACAACAACAAUCACCAACUUCUAGUUCACCCGCCGCCACACGUUAUAAAUCAACAAUAUCUGCUACAGCAACAACAAACUUGCCACAACGUCAACCCAGUAGCACGACUAGUAAUCAUAGUCGUAGUUCAUCAGCCUCCUCAGCUAAAAUACAAUUGGUAGAGGGUUUGGCGGGUGGUGGGGGAGGAGGAGGUAGUGGAGCCGGUACUGGAACAUCAACAACAGCCACCUCUCCCACAAGUCGUCCCUCACGCAUACCUCAGGCUUUAAAAUGUCCCACACAAAAAUCUCAACAAUCACCGCAACAUAAACGACCAAGACCCUCACAAAUACCCACAAAAGCAUCACUAGCAGCAGCGGCUGCAGCUGCCACUACAACAAUAGCAACUACCAACACCACUAAUGGAACUAGUUUUAUGGUGGGAUCCAAUAACUUACAACAUUCAUUCUCGUACAGCGGUAAUACAACGAGACAGGGCAAAUCAUCUUCUUCCUCUUCAUAUGCCGCGGAGGACAGAGAUCCGGAGCCCAACUCAGCACCACCACAACCAGCAAAAGCACCACGUUUCGAGGCUUAUAUGAUGACGGGUGAUUUGAUUUUAAAUCUAUCGCGAACACCACAAAAUAGCAAUCUUUUACCAGUGCAAGCUAAAAAAGUCGAUUCACUACGUGACUCACCCAACAGAGCGGCAGUAGCAAGGGCUAAUGGUGCCUUAGCGCCUAAAGCUUCGGGAGAAUCCUCACCCACUUCCUCCUCAUCGCAAGAAUCACCCACACACAGUACCGACUCGGCGGAAUUACAAAAUAAGGCUAAAUCACGUUUACGUAAACAGCAACAACAAGCGCAGGCGCAAAAGGAACGAGAACAGGAACAACAACAGCAACAAUAUCAACGUGAUAGUAUUAAUAAUAGCUACAACAAUCGCAAAGAUUCUCUUACCAAUGACACGCUUCUACUGUGUGAAGAACUAGAAAAGGAUGAAGAGAAUAUGGGUGACGAAGACUACGAUGAGGAGGGGGAUGUACACCGCAAUCUUCCUCCUCAGCAACAAGCACAUCAUAAGACUAAACAUCACCAUUAUAUGCAAAAGCACAAGCAACAAUGUUAUCAACAACAAACACGCCAACAGCAACAACAAAACAAAUCCUAUGAAUACUAUCAAAAUGAAGACGAGGAGCCCGAUGAAGACUAUGAACGCUACGCAGCAGAGGAUGAGGAAAACGAAGAGGAUCAAACUAAUUAUGAUAUUACUAAUUUGGAAACUUAUAACAGUGGUGGUUUGGGCGCUGGUGGCCAGGCCGACGAUGAGGCUAGCGAUCGUCAGUGUUUAAUGCAAUAUGGCGAUGAUGACGAUGAUGAACAGCACGAGGAUGAGGAAUAUUCUAAUUCAGUGGCUUCAGCCUCGGCCAAACAACGUUUAAAAGCUUUAAAGAAACAAAAGGCUGCCUUAAGAUACAAACAGCAGCGCAACUCACAAGACAAUGUCGACUGUGCGCGUCAUCAACGUUCAUCCGCUUCUUCAACCUCAUCCACAACCGUGGGUAAUACCGGUGCCGGGGCAGGCAACAAUACAUCACAAGAUGAGACCUCAUUUUCUGUGCCCACUUCACCCAUUUCGCUUUCGACACCUCUAAUCGAUAAGGAGACAGCCAAUUCGGUACCCACCAGUCCGGAACCUUCGAAUUUGGCGGGAGGCAGUGGUGUGGUAUGUGGAGCUGAUAGUUCGGGUGUGGUACGUCGUCAUAACGGUCAGAUAGUGCGCAAAUGUGAUUCGGCCGGUUUUCGCACCAGCAAAUCGGAAGAUCAUUUACAGCAGAUACAACGUGAAGGUAUGGGUGCUGUUAUACCAAUUGAUAUUGAUGAGGAUGUAAAUAGUUCUUUGAAUACACUAUUAGAUACCAGACAAGAUUCGGAAGAUUCUCAGGCUUCGGAUCGUGAUCGUAUUGUAUGGACUUAUAAUGCUCCCCUACAACCACAUCAAUUGGCAGCUUUACAGCAACAACAGCAGCAGCAACAGCAACAACAGUAUUCAACAAAUUAUGGUUCAAAUAAUUCACAUAAUCAUUCACACUCCAGUUCGAUAAGUUCAUCACCUCAUCAUUCAGCCGGUAGUCCUGCCUCUCCCACAUCAGUAUCAAGUUCAGUCAUGUCAUCGUCGGGUUCGAAGGGAGCCUUAGGUAUUGGUGGUAAUUAUACAAAUAAUAAUGGUCAUAACUAUCAGCAACAACAGCUACAGCAACAGCAACAAUAUCAGCAAUAUAAUGUCGUUGUUACUAACGGUAGUAUAAAUAAUUCUUGUGGUACUAAUAGCAUAACCAAUACCAAUAUGGGUUUAUUACAUUGUCCUAAUGGCGGUGGUGGUGGUGGUAAUAAUAGUAGUGGUGGUAAUAAUAGUUUAACUAACACAAAUAAUACAUUAGGUGGUGCUUGUAGUACAGGUGGUGGUGCUGGAGGCGGCGGAGGAGAUCAAAGUGUCUCCGAAGCUAUAUCCAAUAUAUCUAGUCCUGACUAUCAGGAUGAUGAUAAUUUACUCAGUUCUCGCGAUCUUUUAGGCGGUAUGAUACUUAGCGAUCCCAGCGAUUCGGAUUCAACAAUACUGGUUUCUGAUGCUGCUGUGCAGCGUCAACAACAACAACAGCAACAAAGACAUCAUCAACAGCAACAAAAGUCAUCCGAACACAAAGUUGUUAUACAAGUGCGUGGUGCCGAUAACGCGACAAAUUCCCACAAUUCUCAUAAUAAUAAUGGUUCCUCAAUGAGAUCUCUGGGUUCUGAUUAUAAAAAUUCCGAAGAUGAACUUGCCACACUCGCCGAAGAUGCUGCUGGUCCUAUGUAUCAACAAACGACAUCACCAAAUAGUAAUUCUGGAACACUGGGCGAUGGUCGUGAAUCAUCACCUCCCGUUUCCGAUGAUGGCAGCGAUGUUGAGUCACUGCAUUCGUAUCAUUAUUCUCCUAAGGCUGUGGAUAUGCCAUCGGCAAUACGUUUGGCAAAAAGACUGUAUACUCUGGACGGUUUCAAGAAAAGCGAUGUUUCACGUCAUUUGAGUAAAAACAAUGACUUCAAUCGUGCCGUGGCUGAUGAAUAUUUAAAAUAUUUCAGUUUUGAAACCAAAUCCUUAGAUCAAUCAUUAAGAGAAUUUCUACAACAAUUCUCGUUAUCGGGUGAAACUCAGGAACGAGAACGUGUUCUAGUACAUUUUUCCAAGCGUUAUUUAGACUGUAACCCGGGAACAUUUAAUUCUCAGGAUGCUGUUCAUACCUUGACCUGUGCUAUUAUGUUGUUAAACACCGAUUUACAUGGUCAGAAUAUUGGACGCAAAAUGACCUGUAAUGAGUUCAUUGAAAAUUUGGCUGAACUUAAUGAUGGCGAAAACUUUCCCAAAGAUGUACUCAAGAGUUUAUAUCAAGCCAUCAAAUCUCAACCUUUGGAAUGGGCACUUGAUGAGGAUCCUGUUGAUUUGCAAAAACUUCAAGGUGAUAAUAAAAGUCUUCAGCAGAACACUGGUCAAUUGGGUCAGAACCCAUUUUUGGAUAUACCUGAAGCGGCCAAUGCUGUGGAAUAUAAAAAAGGCUAUGUUAUGCGCAAAUGUUGUUAUGAUGUUAAUUAUAAGAAAACUCCUUUUGGCAAACGAUCUUGGAAAAUGUUUUAUUGUACUCUUAGAGAUUUAGUUUUAUAUUUACAUAAGGAUGAGCAUGGUUUUCGUAAAAGUCAAAUGUCCGACAAUCUACACAAUGCCAUACGAAUACAUCAUGCCUUGGCCACAAAGGCUACUGAUUACACCAAAAAACAACAUGUAUUUCGUUUACAAACCGCCGAUCAGGCUGAAUAUUUAUUCCAAACUAGUGAUUCGAAAGAAUUACAGUCGUGGGUAGAAACUAUUAAUUUUGUAUGUGCCGCCUACUCAGCGCCUCCUUUGGAAGGAGGAGUGGGUAGUCAAAAAAGAUUCCAAAGACCUCUACUACCCAGUUCGCAUACCAAAUUGUUAUUGGUAAGUGUUGGGAAACGUAUAUCAAUAAAUAUAAAAAGUCUUUAAUCUAUUCUAUAUGACCAAGUAUAUA